CAAAUCCCCUUCCUCCCCAUCGCCACUCUGCCUCAAACACGUCGGCGACUUGGGCUACCCACGAUUUGCCUAAGAGAUUCAUUUAGAAAUUUAUCCUUUUUUUAUCUUAUAAUUUGAGUUUAGUUUUUUUUUUGUUUCGAAAUCGAAGGCCGAUGGGGUCGGAGCUCAUAUACAGAGGACAUGAGACCCAGCCUGCUUCUGAUUCAUAUUCACCUAAACCGGACAAACCAUGGUCCUCCGUCACACGCGCCGCCCGUUACUUGCUCCGUGAGCAGCGCCUCCUCUUCGUGCUAUUCGGCAUUGCCAUAGCCACCCUGAUCUUCACCAUCUUCCCAACCUCACGUGCUCCGCUCGUUCCCCACACUAACACCCCGAUCCUCGAUUCCAUCAACUACUUCCCCAUCGAAACCCAGAACAAGUUCUCCUACCAACACCGUCUGGGUUUCGGAUCGGGCAAUCCGACCGGUAAGAUUCCUUUGGGGCUGAAGCGUAAGGGUCUGAGGAUCGUCGUAACGGGUGGAGCCGGAUUCGUAGGGUCACACCUGGUGGACCGUUUGAUAGCAAGAGGAGACAGCGUGAUCGUGGUCGAUAAUUUCUUCACCGGAAGGAAAGAGAACGUCAUGCACCAUUUCGGGAAUCCGAACUUCGAGCUCAUCCGACACGACGUCGUUGAGCCUCUGCUCUUGGAAGUUGAUCAGAUCUACCAUCUCGCUUGCCCUGCUUCUCCUGUUCAUUACAAAUUCAAUCCCGUCAAAACUAUCAAGACAAAUGUGGUGGGAACACUGAACAUGUUAGGUCUGGCAAAAAGAGUCGGUUCCAGGUUCUUGUUAACUAGUACCAGUGAAGUCUACGGAGAUCCUCUGCAACAUCCUCAGAAGGAAACUUACUGGGGCAACGUUAACCCCAUCGGUGUCCGAAGCUGUUACGAUGAGGGAAAGCGUACUGCUGAAACGUUGACAAUGGAUUAUCACAGAGGAGCCGGCGUUGAGGUUAGGAUUGCCAGAAUCUUUAACACUUACGGACCUCGUAUGUGCAUCGAUGACGGUCGCGUCGUUAGCAACUUUGUUGCUCAGGCUUUAAGGAAGGAGCCAUUGACUGUGUAUGGUGAUGGGAAGCAGACAAGGAGUUUCCAAUAUGUUUCUGAUCUGGUGGAGGGUCUGAUGCGUUUGAUGGAAGGAGAACACGUUGGACCUUUUAACCUUGGAAACCCAGGUGAAUUCACCAUGCUUGAGCUUGCUGAGGUGGUACAAGAAACGAUUGACCCGAAUGCGAAGAUAGAGUUCAGGCCAAACACAGAAGAUGAUCCACACAAGAGGAAGCCUGAUAUCGGAAGAGCCAAGGAGUUGCUCGGUUGGGAACCCAAGGUGUCGCUCCGAAAGGGUCUACCUCUCAUGGUUUCGGAUUUUCGGCAACGUAUCUUUGGUGAUCACAAGGAGGGCGGCACCACCACCAAGAAUGCUGCCUCAUCAGCUUAAGGUUGCAUAUAUAUACUCUCUCACAGAAACAUGGAUUGCAGAAAAAGAGCUUUCCCCCAUUGAAACAAUUAAGGUCAUACUUCUGAGGAAGCAGCAGGAACGGGAAGUCUCUUUAUAGUAGAUGUGGGAUGGAGUUUUUUUUUUUACAUUUAUUUGUUUGCUAUCUUUGUAGUUUUCGAUGUCUCUUCCCCUUUUGAAAACUUAAUUUUACAGUGAGCUUUACGGAUCUAAAAAA